GGCGUCGUAAAGUUAUUGUUUACCGUUCUAUUCAUCCUGUCAAUCGUGAAAACUAUUACAAAGAGUUAUAGCUUUUGAUAAGCGAAGCAUUUUAUAUUAAAUAAUUCUUAACUCAAAAGCAAAUAAAAUAUAAACUUUCGGCACCAAAAUACUCUGAAAUAUUAUUAAGGUAAAAUUGAAAUUUGCUGACAUAAACAAAGUAAAAACUAAGGAUUUUAAGGAAAUCGCUUAUACAUUUUAUUUGGCGGCAAUUACCGAAGAAAAAACUAGAUUUUAUUUUCAUCAUAAAAAAAUUUUUAAAAGAUAUUGAUGAAAAUUUGCAUUGAUUGGCGUGCUUGUAGAACACAUUUAAUGUUUAUGUGAAGUUGCCCAAUAAUUUAAAGAGGAGGAUAAACCAUCCUAAGCAUCUCAUCAUCUAAACAUGGAGAAUAAGACGAAAAGCAAAAAGUCACUUUUUGGUGAUCUUCGCAAACAAACAGUCGAUGUUGCAAAUAGCGACAUAAGCAGUCGUUUGAGCGCCGAACGCAGAAAAGCUAUGGACGCUUUGCAAAAAUCAAAAAAUGUUGACGUAUUUAAAAAACCAUACCCUCGAACAGCCAGUGCUAUGAACAUGUUCCCAAAUUCAUUGGAUGAUACCGAUUACACAUUAUUUCGUCAACCAGAAGCCAUCAACAUAUCAGAACUUAUCACUGAUGAGACAAUUCAUUUGGAAAAAAAUACAACAAAUUCAUUUUCAUCUGCAAUAUUGAAAGAUAAUACAAUCUCCUUUGAGCCUGCGGAGAUGACCGGGCGUUCAACACAAUUGAAGAAAAUUUCAAGGCAACAAUCUGAAGCACCGACAGUGAGCGUAGAAGAAAUCCUUGCGACUUCAUUUGUUCCUAAAAUACGAAAUCUAUGCGAAAGCUUAAAAAAUGCUAAUAAUAGCACGCAGAGCAUAUCCUCAAUGGCAUCAUUAGAAUGCAGUUCUUUUACGAGCAAUAAUAAAAUGCAUAGUCUACCACAUACUGCGGAUAUGUCGUUAUCAAGGACCUCAAAGUCAUUAGACGAUUUCGAUGGAGCAAUUAUGUUCAAUGAUAUGGCAAAAGAAUCUUGCAACAUUAAUUUCUCAGCGGAAGAUUACGGCCCCGGCGAGCUCAUGUUAUCUAAGUUUCUAUCAGACGAAAUUUCAUGUGCUGAGAAGUUUGCUGCGAUUCCCACAAAGGCUUUAAGUGCUCAAGCAAGAGAAAAAACUGGUCAGACAAACUUUGAAAAUACCACUCGCUUGGAUACAACUCAUGCUUUAAACACAAUGAUGGAUUAUUCUUUAGGAAGUUAUUUUAACAAGUUCUCCGAGGAUAUUCAAGAAAUUUCAAAAAUUGUAGCUAUCAAAAGCCCCAAUAAACGGUGUACGUCUGUAGCUAUGAAUUAUGACAGGGACGAUGAUGUUACUAGCUCUUUAUUAGAACCGGCAACUAACAGGAACCCAGCUAUAGCUAAUAAUAUCAAUUCAACAAGCCAGGAUACGGCUAUUUCAAAUGCUGAAGGGCUACAUCCUGUACAUCCUCCAAACGAGCAAGAGAGCAAAGAUUCGGGAAACGCCUCCGAAGUCUCAUAUAGAGAGAGUGUUUGUGUGUUCGAGCAAGCAUUGCGUGAUUUGGGUAUAGACGAAUGGAACGAAUUAAACCCCAACGAUAUGUUAACAACGAAACAAGUAAAGAAACUAGCAUUUUUAACCGAUUCUGGAUGUAUGGAACCAUCGAAUAGCGGAAGGAGCUUUUCGAAAGAGAAUGCAUUUCAUGGUAUAGGAAACCUCAGUUCGAUGGAACAAAUGAUUUUGGAAAACAAAGAAAAUUUAGAUCCUCAAGCUAUAAAAUCAAGUAUGGCCGAUGGCGGCAUUAAAUUUACGAACUCAAGCGGAAACAUGAAAAAACAGAAACAUAAUAGUAGCAUAGAAGCACGUCUGCCACUCAGUCCAAUUGAAGUGGACGUAGCAAGUAAAUAUAGUAUUCGUAAUGGAAAUAGUUAUUCAACUUUAAAUAAUUAUACGAGCGAAGACCAUGCUAAGUUAUCAGCUAAUUUAGGAUCCCUAGGCAGGAGCAACAGCGAAAGCCCAUCGAAUUUGUGUUGCUCGCCACGAACUGAGAAUAACGUGUCAGACGACUCCAUUUUAGCUGCGUCGCCUAACUUGCGUUAUUCGAAAAAUCCAGAAAUGGCUAAGGGAAAUGAGAAUAUUUUGCUAUCUGGUCGUGUAUUACAUGAAGUCAGCCCUGAAAAAGUUGUCUCGCCCUCAUCGUCACCGCACCGGUACCAAUUAUCCUCCACAUCUCACACCAACAACGAUCGUAAUUCUUUAAUGUUUGACGUCACUAGCAGUAACGAUCAUCGUUUUGCAGUCGUUUGCAAAUCGCCUGCAAACAGUGACAGAUCCAGCAGUUCCUCUUGCGUUACGUCGGCUUCUGCACGAGGUAGUUCACGUUGUUCAAGUGCUAAUGCUGGAUUUAAUCGUGAUGGUAAGCUGAUGCCCAUAAAAACUAGUGCAACUCAAUUGUCCUGGAAUAGCACCAAGUUACGCACUAACUGUCAAAAAACUAUGCAUAUCAAGAACAUAUCGAAUAAACGUCUGCCCUUACGUAUAGAAGUUAUCGGGCCAGGAUUUCAAAUUGUUUCUGAUCAUGGCAACAGCACAAUAAUUUUGCACUCGCAAGAAAGCCGAGCAAUAACGGUAAACUUUUGUCCAACCAUACGGGGUGUUGCAGUUGGAAAACUUUCUUUUUAUGCCCCCUCAUGCAAAAGUAUUGUAGGUAAUCUUCCAUUUCUUGUCGUCCCUCUCUAUGCUUACGGCGGACAUGCUUCUGUGAUCGUGAAGAAUAUCUUAAAAGGUCCCAUCGGUUGCCCCUUUUUACCAAUGGGCGGAUUAAGCGAAUUGGGUCGGCCGAUGGAACGAGCUAUUACAAUUUAUAAUAAAGGCCCGCUAGAGGCGUUUGCUUCGGUUAAAGUGGACACGAUUGGUUUGCUUAUUCCAAGCCUUAGCGAUACAUUCGAAAUACAUCCAGAGAAGUUAAUCAUUGCUGCAGGCAACACGGCGCAAGUACGCAUAAUUUUUCGCCCAAAGCGUGAACUUAUCAGAAAAAUAAUGAAGAAAAUCAGUGUAGACAGUGUGAUGCCAUUAGCCAAUUUGCGUGUAAUUAAUGGAGCGGAGGCAAGCCGUCAAAGGUUUCUACGUCUAUUUGAACGAAUGACCCAAGAGGAACGCUCCACAAUACCGCUUUACACUAUGGAAAUGUUCUCGGCGUUUCCUGGAGAAGUAGCUAGAGAUGAACUUAAGAUGUUGCACGAUCAUCCGGAUUCCUUUGUGGAUAUGUUUUGCGGCUUUCGAGUGAUCGAAAUGCAAGCCACUCUAAACUACGAUCUUAUGAAUGACACUUUGAAAACAAAUUCAACGUUUCUUUCGGAAGCCGAUGAUACGAUUUUUUUCCGAUCAAUUUAUUUGGUUGACAAUCUCGUCUCUUCCUCUACAACAGAAGAAAAUAAUUUAUGCCCCAAAAGUGCUGAAGAGGACCAAGAUCAGUUUGAAAAAUUAACUGGCAAGGAAUCAUGGUGGGUUACUCCAAGGGUGGUUGAAUUAGAUUUGUCACGCGUAAGGUGUGUCUCUCCAAUAAUUAUACAUAAUGGUUUUAAAUCACGUCAAUAUUACGAAGUGAUCUGUAGUCACCGCAAUUUUUUACAACUGAAGCCCACAGAUGGUUACAUAGAGCCGGAUGGUGGCCGUGUAGAAGUGACAGUUAUGCCUAUCAACGGCCCACAGUUAUCAACUGCUUCAAACCUUCAAAUACAUAUAGUGGUUUGCAUGGAAAAUGAUCGCAUUACGGUGCCAGUAAAAUUGAUCAAAUAGCACCCUCCACUGCUCUUCUGCGAUCAUCAAAACUUUUUUUAAACAAAAUAAAUGCGAAUAAUUUUAUUGUUUUACGUUUUAAAA